UAUAUAUGCAUGUGUUCCUUGUGUCACUCUGUACGUGUUUUGCUUCGAAUAUUUUUAUUUUAUUUUAUUUGUGAUUCUAAUUCUGAAUACAAUUGAAUAAAAUCUGUAACUGCUUGGUUGCGACUUGGUUGAAGAUCACGGAAAAAUCUGAGCUUUGUUGUGUUAUCUCUAAUUUUUUGUGAUCCUGGGUAAAUUGGAUCAAUCUGAACAUUAUAUUUGUCGGGUUUGAAUUUGCCGCAUCUUUAUUUUGCUUGAUUGAAAAUUUAAUCUUGAUUUUUCGGUCGAAAAAUAUUCAGGGAUGAUGGACGCAUUGCAAGAGCUUCGGGAAGAAUUGUACCUUACUGCAGCAGAAGAGUUUAUAAAGGAAUACCAAGACUCGUUGGACUCUGUGAGAAGGAAUUUGGCAAUAUAUAUGGACCCUUGUGCUGCUAUGUCAGCCCUAAAUAACCCCCCAAAGCCAAUCUCAGAAAACUAUCACGUGGCCGACAAGAAGGUUGACCAGCUAGGGGUUCUACACGACCGACAGCUGGCGGAGGCGGAGCAUAUUUUGAACUACGUGCUCGACUUCUACCUGGCGAGGCCUGGUGUUGUCAAUGCCGAUGAGAUUGCUUUUGCACUCGAACGGUUCUUAAACAAGAUCCAAAAGGCAACCGAUUCUUACACGGUGAAAUUGGGGAUUAGCCCUUACCAGAACAUGAGCCCGUACGGCGAUUCUCUGCUUGUGAUGAUGAACAAGUUUCAACACAUGCAGCUUAAAGCAGUAGACUGUGGCUCUGAUGGAAAAUCAGGGCUAGGCGCAACCGAAACAAAAAACGAAAAGCUUAAAAGAGAAGAAAAGAAGAAACUACUUGGGGUUAAGAGAUUAAGUUCGCCGCCAGUUCUCAAGACAAAGAAGAUACCGUAUUGUUGUUACUAUAUACAGGGGAGAUGCCGAAAGGGUGAGAAGUGCAAUUUCUCCCACGAUACAGUUCCAUUGACAAAGUCGACGCCAUGCAAAUAUCUUGCUCAUGGCUUUUGUAUGAAAGGGGAUGACUGUCCGUUUGACCAUGAACUCUCGAAGUACCCAUGCGUAAAACAUGCUUCAAAUUAUCCCUGCCCAAGACUCCCCAAAUGUUUGUUUUCGCACGAGAUUGUCAAACAGCUCGAGAAUGCAACGGAAUCUUGACGGUGAAAUUGUAAUCCCACAUGGUGAACCGUAUGGCAUCACGUUGUUCAUUUAUUACUUCGAUUAUAUUUUACUUACCAGAGCUUAUUGACCAGAUAUUGACCUAGUAUAGAACAACAAGAUUCACCUGACACAGAGUUGGAUGAAGGUGAUUCAGCCAUGAGAGGAUUCUCUCUUAUGAUGGUUUUUUUCUUUGGUCUGAAUUUUGAUGAGAGUGAAAAUAUACUUAUGUAUUUAUUAAAGUUUACAACCAAACACCACUUGCAUUUAUUAACUGUAUAUAUUUCAUAUCAACUUAUUGAUUUGGAUUUCUUGUAUGCUACAUUGGGUAAAUAUGAUUAUGUAAUUAAUAAUUAUCAUUGAUUUAUC